ACGAUUACCGAGUUAGUUUUCUUUUGUAUUCCGACGAGUGCAUAUCGAUCUUGUCUCUUUCUAAACGUGAAAAUUUAUAAAUUAAUAUUUUCGAUAAUUUUUCAAUUAUUUAAGUAAUUUUUCAUGUACACGGACUACAAUAAAUUAAUAUUUAAACAAUAGAACAUUCGCUUAAACAUUACAAAGAUGCUAACACUGGAAUACAUGUAGCUGCCUAUAUUGCAAUGGUCCUGUUGUUCAUAAGCGGUGACUAAUCUUCCUCCAGAUAGUAUUGGGAACCAGAAUUCUUGAUUGACUCAUGUCACCUCAAAUUUCAACAUAGAGUCACCGUUAUUCUAACACUCACGUGAGUGGGUGUUCGCGGACGCAAUUAAAAGUCUUAUGGAGGAUCUUUCGUUUUAUAGCGCACGAAAGUUCGAUUAGAUUACCUUGUGAAUGCGAAUUUUAGAAUAGAGUCGCUGUUAGUCCGUGGGUCUCUACAUGUAGCAACUUCCACUUAAUGAGAUUUGGAUCGGUAGUACUUGCAAUAUAUUAAAAUCUAAUUGUAAAUCAUGUAACACAAGUAUUACCAGAUGAAUGGCUGCAUAUUUCAACGUGUUUUCUAAAUCCCUUCGAUCUAAUUCUGAUUAAAUACUAAAGUACUAACACUUUACAUUGCCAAUAAUACUUUUAGAUAAAUAGAUAAGAUAUAGUUAAAUUCAAAGACAAUUUAUUUAAAUUCGUAAAUUUAUAUGCUAAUUAUCAUGUGUUAAUUAUAUUUAUUAUUCUUUAUGUUCUCUUUUAUCGUGAAAUAAAUGCAUACUGAUAUCGUACCUAACAUGAAUCACUAUGAAAUGUAUACUAACAUCAAAGAAAGAUAUACAUAUAAGAGACUGAAAAAUGUCAGUUCAUUAUUUACUAAUACUAUUUAUUCUAUCUACGCGAAACAAAUUGUUAUGUACGCGCGAGAGGGGAAUAACCAAACAAGUUUAUACACUGAUACAAUAGACACAUGGUGGGGACAGUGUUCCCCGUUUUUAUUCGUAGUUCAUAUUUUGUCCACACCUGUCGCUGAAGUCACAUACGCUUCGAACAAAAGAUAGUGAACAGCCUUAAAAGCGAGUUUAAAGCUAAGAGACUGCGUUGGCGGACCUGAUUUGAUCUAAUAAUGUCACAAAUUUCUCUAGAUACUAUCGCAUUCCAAUCUUCAACGAUGUCACCAAGAAUUCGUCAUUGACUUUUGUUGACAUCGUGGAAGAUUGUUGUGUAGUUGCUAUUCUCUACAAUAAUUUAAGAAAUAUUUAUUAUAUAAAAGAAAGUACAAUAAAUAAUAUAUGUAAACUGAGUGUUGCCAAAUAAACAUUAUAAUCCUGAUAUAGAGAAAAAAUUAACAAUUACUUUUAUUCAUUAUUUCACUUUAUGAUAACAUGUAUCAAUUGAUUAGAGUUAUGAACAAACAACUGACACGUGGAUUUUAACAAACGAAAAUAAAAAACUUUCUUGUCAAAAUGUCGGGAGAAACAGAUAUUGUUGACAAUCAAGUACAGUUACCUCAAGAUCUUGGCGAUGAUGUUGUACAAGAAGUCCUUAAAACUGGGAUGGAUCUCCGUCAAUAUUCCGAACAAAUUGAGGAGGAAUUAAAAGAAGUCGAAAAUAAAUCCAUACAAGAUUAUAUCAAGGAGAGCCAGAAUAUAGUGAAUUUACAUAAUCAAAUUACAGCAUGCGAUAAUAUUCUCGAGAAAAUGGAAUCGAUGCUUAUGUGUUUCCAGAAAGAUCUUGGAAGUAUCAGUUCUGAGAUUCUUUCAUUACAACGAAAGUCUGUUGCUAUGAGCCAACAAUUAUCAAAUAGACAAUCGAUAAGGAAACCUUUAAGUCAAUUUAUCGAAAAUAUGACUGUUUCAGAAGCUCUUAUAAUUGGUAUUAUGGACUGUUCUGUGAUAGAAAAAGAAUUUUUGAGUCAGUUACAGAUAUUGAACUAUAAAAUUAAUUUUGUGAGAGAACAAAGCUCAAGAGCCAAGUCAUGUAUAGAUGUAAAAGAUAUAUUGGAAAAAUUGAAAGUGAAAGCAAUGACAAAGAUUAGGUCAUAUUUAAUAGAACAAAUUUAUAAAUUUAGAAAGCCAAUGGCAAAUUAUCAAAUAUUACAAAAUAAUAUGCUGAAAUAUAAAUUUUUCUAUGAAUUUAUUUUAGCAAAUGAAGACAAUGUGGCAGAUGAAAUUCGUGAAGAAUAUAUAGAUACUAUGAGUAAAAUAUAUUACUCAUAUUUUAAAGCAUAUUCAUCUAAGUUAAUGAAAUUACAGUUUGAAGAAAAACCAACUAAAGAUGAUCUAAUGGGAAUUGAAGAUACAGCAAGACAUAGUAUAUUUCAUAAAACUACAUUGAAACAUAGAGGAACUGUUUUUUCUAUAAACACUAGAGAUGCAGUUCUUACCACAGAAUUAGAAGCUUCAAUCAUUGUGCCACUUACAGCUUCCAAUCUUAGGUAUCACUAUGAAGCUCUGUUUAGAAGUGAACAAUAUGCAGUUGUUGAUAAUGCUUGUAGAGAAUAUUUAUUUUUAACAGAAUUUUUUAAAGUAUCUGGUAAUGAAGCUAUGAAAAUUUUUAAUAAGGUUAUGGAGAAAACAUUAAAUCUUAUGUCGAAGAAUUUGCAGUCAUUUGUAGAUGAUUGUUACGAUACAAUAGCAUUAUUUUUAUGCUUGCAUUUGGUAAUGCGUUAUCAAUUAACAUGUCAUAAAAGAGCAGUUCCAGCAUUAGAUGAAUAUUGGGCUAAUUUGACAGAUAUUAUACGGCCAAGAUUUGAUUUCAUUUUUCGACAGAAUAUUCAAAGUAUAAAAAAUUGUGAUCCAUUAAAAUUUAGCAAAGAGACUGGCCCACAUUACAUUACAAGAAGGUAUGCUGAAUUUAGUGCAGCUAUGGUCAGUAUACUUGAGGGAUUUCCUUGCGAAGAUACAACUCAAUUAUUGGCAGAGCUUAGAGAAGUUGUGCAAUUUUUUUUAUUAAGAAUGGCAGCUAUUUUUUCUAACAGAGUUGAUCAAUUAAUCUUUCUUAUCAAUAAUUAUGAUUUAGUGCUGAGUGUUCUUAUGGAAAGAACACGAGAUAAUUCUAAAGAAGCAGAAAGUUUUCGAGAACAAUUAAAUGCACGUUCUUCCGAAUAUGUCGAAGCAGUAUUAAAUCAAUAUUUCGGUGGUAUCAUUCAAUUAAUUAAGGAAUCUGAAAAUUUGAUUGAGAAAAAUCAAGAUGAAGAUUUGAAAAGACAAGACAGUGAAGCAUUGACUCUUGUGCAAUUAUUUACAAAUACCUGGAAAUGUUCUUUAAAAGGUAUCAAUGAUGAAAUAUUGAAAUCAUUUCCAAAUCUAGUAAUCGGAAAUGCAUUAGUUCAACGUGCAAUGACUCAAUUAGUGCAAUAUUAUAAUAGACUUCACAAAAUAUUACCGCCAAACGCACGAGCGCAACUUACCAACAUACAUCAUAUAAUGAUAGAAGUUAAGAAGUAUAAGACGAAUUAUUAGAUCUGCAAUGAAUUCAUAUAUUGACUAAAUCAGUCAAAUGAUCUGUGUGUUGUAUUCCAUUGUCGAAUUAAUAAGGAGUGUGUAUACAAAUAUUUAAUGAAAAAGGUUCUGUACAUUUAUUUAUAAAAUAAUAAUCUUAAAUCAAUACAUUCUUGUGUGAUAUAUGCACAAACGCGUUACCUCUAUUGGUUAUAUAUUUAUAUAAAAUGAUAUGUAUAUAAUUAUAUCAACUGUUUUGUAAUUAUAUCAAGUGCCUAAAACAUUCGAUGAUCUGUGAUCAUGAUCAAUAUUCUUUUUUAUAAAAAUUAAAUUUUUAUUAUAAAAUGAGUCGAUACAAUUAUCGUUU